CUCUCUUUAAUACAGUGCUUUAUCUGGAUGUGUAGAAGCAGUGUGUUGGAGAGCGUGUGCGAUAUAAAGCAGUAAGGCAGCGCUGGCAGCCAGUGUCCUGCCAGGGAGGACUCGCCCGCCACUCAGAAGUGAACGCAGCGCAGACCCGCACUGAGCUCACCUAGUUGAGCCGCCCUCGGCACUCGCUGGUCACCUGGAGAUCACUUCACUCUUUGACUGGAUUAAUCCCAAUUGAACCUUAGUUUGUUGUCCUCCCCUUCCUUUUCUCUGUCUUCAAGUCUAAGAUUGUUUUACGGUCAUGGGGUCUAUAAUUUCAUUUUUAUGUAGGCUGGCUAGGGGACUUCUCGUACUGUGAAGCGGAUGCCAAGUGGAUCUAUGUUCUUAAGAGACAAAAGAGCAAAAGAAGGAGAAUCCGUGGAACUUUAAGACCGAGGAGAAUGCAGUCUGUGUGUUGGUUCGCCGUCCUUCUCCUCUUACCGGCUGUGUACCUGGUUACUUGUGCCAAUGCUACAAGCACAAGAAAAUCAGAACUUCUAAAAUCAGGAAGCCCCAAAUCUACAUUAAAACAUAUAUGGACAGAAAGCAGCAAAGACUUGUCUAUUAGCCGACUGCUGUCACAGACAUUACAUGGAAAGGAAAACGCCACAGCUUUGGACCUGAGAUAUGACACCCCAGAACCUUACUCUGAGCAGGACUUGUGGGAAUGGCUAAGAAACUCUACAGAUCUUCAGGAUCCUCGGCCAAGAGCAAAAAGACGGCCAAUUGUUAAAACAGGAAAGUUUAAGAAAAUGUUUGGCUGGGGAGACUUUCACUCCAAUAUCAAAACAGUCAAGCUCAACUUACUGAUAACAGGAAAAAUUGUAGAUCACGGGAACGGAACUUUCAGCGUCUACUUUCGGCACAACUCCACCGGACAAGGGAAUGUAUCUGUGAGCUUGGUACCCCCAACUAAGAUUGUUGAGUUUGAUUUGGCACAACAAACUGUGAUAGAUGCCAAAGAUUCCAAGUCCUUUAACUGCCGAAUUGAGUAUGAAAAAGUUGACAAAGCAACUAAAAACACACUUUGUAAUUACGACCCUUCAAAAACCUGCUACCAGGAGCAGACCCAAAGUCAUGUGUCAUGGCUCUGCUCCAAGCCGUUUAAAGUAAUUUGUAUUUACAUCUCCUUUUACAGCACUGAUUACAAACUAGUGCAAAAAGUGUGUCCAGAUUACAAUUAUCACAGUGACACUCCAUAUUUUCCAUCAGGAUGAUAAGUGAGAGCUUAAGGGAUGAGGUACAAGGUUGAUGUAACAAUGGCUUCGGCCUCAGAUAAACUGGCUAUUUGUACUGUCCUGAAUGUGUCCACAAAGUAAUGGCGAUGCAGUCUGUGCUCUUUGUAAGACAGAAAUAAAAAAGUGUAGCAAACAUUUUAUCAAACACAUUUAAAUUAUUAGAAUAAACUCAGACUACGAAUGACAACCCAAAUAUUCAGAACUGUUGUCGUUAUGUUUGUGGGAAUUUAGGACCAAAUGGUAGGUUUACUGAAUCCAAAAUAUUUGUUACAAUAUUAAAGCACACACACACCCACACAUAUCACACUGUCUUAUUUAUUUCUCGAAACCAUCUUCAUGGUUUCCUCUGACACUUUUCAGCUUCUCCUUUGGAUUCCCACAAAAUUCUUCAGUGUUGAUACCAGUGUUUAAACACACAAGCAAACUCUACAUUCAUUUCAGGCUGUUUUAUUUUUAUUUAUUUAUUUAUUUUAACUUUUGAAUUUCAUCAGUGAAAUAAAGGUAAUCAUGCAUUGACUUUACAAGAAAAUGAACCCUAUCUCAUGUCAUUAAACUACAGUUCGAUUCGAAAGAGAAAGUUAAUAUUUAUGUUUUCCAAGACACAAAGGGUCUGAAUGCAUUCUUUAUUUAAGACAGACUCCUAAAGCGCUCCCGGCAGUCCUACUGGAUUUGGUUAUCAGUGUCCCUGAUCGAAAUGUAACUGAUGCAUUUGGAUUAAAAACAAUUGUUCACUGCUGCUAAUAAAGACAAGAGUAAACUCCCUACCCUUACAACUGGUGAUCAAGGCUGAUAACGCCAAUUCAGACAGUAUGCAUUUCAAAGAUAAGUAGACGCAUUCAAGGCAAUAUACGUGGUGCCCUUUUCUGAAAGGGUAAGCCUACUGGUGAGUUAGUCUUUUCUUAAUGUACAUGUUUUACUACAACAUUUUGUGUAAUCAAGAAGCUCUCUCUGGCCAAUAAUAUAUAUUUUUUUAUGUCUUGGCUUGAAAGGGCAGAAGAUGACAUUUUUAUUUGACAUGUAUGUUGUGAAAGGUCUGCUCACCUUAUUAUAUCAGUGUGACGAAAUGUAUAUUCUAGGCUCAAACUGUAUGAAUGAUUUGUAUUGUAUAUAGUUUAUCCUGUGAAACACGAGCUGCUGUAUAUUCUCUUGUACCUGUCA